AUGAAAACACUUUUUGCUGAUUCGGCUGUUCCAGUUACCUUUGCUAGAAGUGAAGUUUUUAUAGCACCUGAUUCAGUAAUUAAUAACCGAAAUUCAGAAUUGAAGUUAGAGAAAAAGUUGGUAACAAGAAAAAAAACUGUCCUUAUGAAAGAUGAAAUUGAUAACUUGCCUGGGUAUUAUUUGGGUGAAUCA